CGACCCCAGGCUUGCGUCGCCAUGGCAGAUUUCCUCGUGAAUGCUCUGAAGAUUGCCCAGACACCGGGACUCGUGCUAAUCUGUGUACUGUUGGUCAUUCGCGUGGCGUCUCGCAUCGUGCAGAGCACGAAGAAGGCCGUUCCGCUUCCGCCAGGCCCUGAUGUAAGCUGGUUUGAGCCUGGGCCAAAGGUGCCUUUGAAAUAUACGGAGAUGGCGAAGACGUACGGCCCCGUUUUCUCAUACAAGCGAGGCAAUCAGGUCGUAUGCAUUAUCAACAGCUACAAGGACGUAAUCGAGAUCAUGCAGAAGCAUGGCGCGGACCUUACCGGCCGCCCGCAGCACAUCGCUGCCGGCGACAUAGUUUCGGGUGGUAUGCGCACGCUGCUCACUGAUGCAGGAGAAAGGUUGAGAAAGCUGAGGAGAGCGCUGCACUCGCAGCUGCAGCCUAUGGCCGCCGUGCAGCACAGACCUAUCCAAUUCAAGAGCGCGCUGGACCUGAUCCUGGAUAUCCUUCAGGACCCCAAGGACCACAUGAAUCACGCAAAGCGAUUCGCCGCGAGUCUGAUCCUGACAAUGACGUACGGCAAAACGACGCCGACGAAGUACAGCGACCCCGAAGUGGUGGAGAGGAGUGUGCACACGAGACGCCUCAGGGCACUCAUUCCCGCGGGUCGGCAUGUCGUAGACCGGUACCCUUUGCUCAGGCACGUACCGUUCGUGACAGCGACGCUGCGCAAAUGGCACGAAGAAGAGCUCGCGCUAUUUUUGAAGAUGGUCGAGGGCGUGAAAGCACAGGUUAGCGAGCACAAGGCACGGCCCUCGUUCACGACCUAUCUCCUGGAACACCAAGAGCAGUAUGGACUCUCGGACAAUGAGCUGGCGUAUCUAGCUGGAUCAAUGUUUGGGGCCGGGGCAGAAUCAACCGCAACUGCUAUCUCCUUCGUGCUUAUGGCUGCAGCGACUCACCCGAAAAUUCAGGCAGAAGUACAGGCACAACUGAAUGGCGUGGUUGGCAAAGACAGAGUUCCUACGUUCAACGACGAGAAGCUACUGCCGCUAGUGACCGCUUUUUACCUUGAGACCUUCCGUUGGAGGCCAAUCAGCUGGGGAGGGGCUGCACAUCGUGCUACCAGCGACGUCAUCUGGAAUCAGUAUGUCAUCCCUGCGGGUGCUACAGUCUUCGGCAAUCACUGGGCUAUCGGGCACGAUCCAGCUGUCUUCCCCGACCCAGACGAAUUCAGGCCAAGUCGAUGGCUGGAUGCGACAGGCAACCUCCGUGACGACAUCAAACCAGUUGCGUACGGCUUUGGUAGGAGGGUAUGUGUAGGGCAAAAUGUCGCCAACAAGUCGCUAUUCAUUAACACGGCCCUUCUACUAUGGGCCUUCGACAUUCGCGAAGAUUCUGCGGCGCCGAUUGACACGAUGGGCUUCACGGACUCAAGUACAGUACGCGUAUUGCCGUUCCAGGUAAAAUUUUCGCCCAGGAUUGAGCACCUUGAGGAGAUCGUAGAGGCAUCCAGAUCGUAGGAAGUAUGCUCCGCUGCGCAACAUCAUUUGGAUGAUCGAUCUGUAGGAAUGUGUGGUCUCUAGGAUAGUCUGCAAACAAAUGCUACAGCUGGCAAGCGUGGUUUUGGUUUAGCAUCCAAAGUGGUUAUUCAGAGAAAUAAUAUUUACAAGCGGC